CGUCCGGAUCACGCGCGCCCAGGAGGCCCGGGCCGGGCCCAGCCAAUGGGCUGGCGGCGCCCGCAUGACCCGCGCCGGCGGGAGGGCGUGGGGAGGCAGGCCGGGCGCGCACGCUGCUGCCUGUACCGCUGCUCCAGCCGCCGCCGGGACGGGAAGGGAGCCGCCCGGGCCCGCAGUGCCAGCAAGCCGCUGAGAGGGUCCCGCAGCCCCCGCACCCGGCGUGAAGCAUGGCGGCCGCCAAGGUGGCUUUAACCAAGAGAGCAGAUCCAGCUGAGCUUAGAACAAUAUUUUUGAAGUAUGCAAGCAUUGAAAAAAAUGGCGAAUUUUUCAUGUCUCCUAAUGACUUUGUCAUUCGAUAUUUGAACAUUUUUGGAGAAAGCCAGCCUAAUCCAAAGACUGUGGAACUUUUAAGUGGUGUGGUGGAUCAGACCAAAGAUGGAUUAAUAUCCUUUCAAGAAUUUGUAGCAUUUGAAUCUGUGCUGUGUGCCCCAGAUGCUUUGUUCAUGGUGGCCUUUCAGCUGUUUGACAAAGCUGGCAAAGGAGAAGUUACUUUCGAGGACGUUAAGCAAGUUUUUGGACAGACCACAAUUCAUCAACAUAUUCCAUUUAACUGGGAUUCAGAAUUUGUUCAACUACAUUUUGGAAAAGAAAGAAAAAGACACCUGACAUAUGCAGAAUUCACUCAGUUUUUACUGGAAAUACAGUUGGAGCAUGCAAAGCAAGCCUUUGUGCAAAGGGACAAUGCCAGGACCGGAAAAGUCACAGCCAUUGACUUCAGAGACAUCAUGGUCACCAUCCGCCGCCACGUCUUGACACCUUUUGUAGAAGAAUGUCUGGUAGCUGCUGCUGGAGGUACCACGUCCCAUCAAGUUAGUUUCUCCUAUUUUAAUGGAUUUAAUUCGCUUCUUAACAACAUGGAACUCAUUAGAAAGAUCUACAGCACUCUGGCUGGCAACAGGAAAGAUGUAGAGGUGACUAAGGAGGAGUUUGUUCUGGCAGCUCAGAAAUUUGGUCAGGUUACACCCAUGGAAGUUGACAUCUUGUUUCAGUUAGCAGAUUUAUAUGAGCCACGGGGACGAAUGGCCUUAGCAGACAUUGAACGAAUCGCUCCUCUGGAAGAGGGAACUCUGCCUUUCAACUUGGCUGAGGCCCAGAGGCAGAAGUCCUCAGUCAAUUCAUCUCGACCAGUUCUCCUACAAGUCGCAGAGUCGGCCUACAGGUUUGGUCUGGGUUCUGUUGCUGGAGCUGUCGGAGCUACUGCCGUGUAUCCUAUUGAUCUUGUAAAAACUCGCAUGCAGAACCAACGAUCAACUGGCUCUUUUGUGGGAGAACUUAUGUAUAAAAACAGCUUUGACUGUUUUAAGAAAGUGCUACGCUAUGAAGGCUUCUUUGGACUGUAUAGAGGUCUGUUGCCACAGUUAUUGGGAGUCGCCCCAGAGAAGGCCAUAAAACUUACAGUGAAUGAUUUUGUGAGGGAUAAAUUUAUGCAUAAAGAUGGUUCGGUCCCACUUGCAGCAGAAAUUCUUGCUGGAGGCUGUGCAGGAGGCUCACAGGUGAUUUUCACAAAUCCUUUGGAAAUCGUCAAGAUCCGUUUGCAAGUGGCUGGAGAGAUCACCACUGGUCCCCGAGUCAGUGCCCUGUCUGUCGUAAGGGACCUGGGGUUUUUUGGGAUCUACAAGGGUGCCAAAGCCUGCUUUCUGCGGGACAUUCCUUUCUCGGCCAUCUACUUCCCGUGCUAUGCUCAUGUGAAGGCUUCCUUUGCGAAUGAAGAUGGGCAGAUUAGCCCCGGAAGCCUGCUCUUGGCUGGCGCCAUAGCUGGUAUGCCUGCGGCAUCUUUAGUGACCCCUGCUGAUGUUAUCAAGACACGAUUACAGGUGGCUGCCCGGGCUGGCCAAACCACUUACAGUGGAGUGAUAGACUGCUUUAGAAAGAUACUGCGGGAAGAAGGCCCAAGGGCUUUAUGGAAAGGAGCUGGAGCUCGUGUGUUUCGAUCCUCACCCCAGUUCGGCGUAACUCUCCUGACAUACGAAUUGCUACAGCGAUGGUUCUACAUUGAUUUUGGAGGAGUGAAACCUGCGGGCUCAGAGCCAGUUCCUAAGUCCAGGAUCACACUGCCUGCUCCCAAUCCUGAUCACGUCGGGGGCUACAAACUGGCAGUCGCCACAUUUGCAGGGAUUGAAAACAAAUUUGGACUUUACCUACCUCUCUUUAAGCCGUCGGCAUCUACCUCGGCAGCUGUCAGUGGAGGCCCGUAGGCUGAGCGCCCCUGGGAGACUGUGUCGCUUUGUUGCUGUGGUGAAACGUGCCUCAUCUCAGACUGGACCAAUGGUUCAUUCUUUUCACUUCCAUCUCUUGUUUAAUUCAAGCCAAGCCUUUUUAUAAGGUGAAAUCAUUCAUUUUCUGUGUGUUUUCUUAACCAGAUCGUUGUGAAAUUAUUCAUAAUUCUUUGGGCCUCUGCUCGCAAACCUUUCUUUGUAUCUGACAUUUGCUGGGAUUGGUCAACACUAACAUGAUUUGGGGGAAGGAGCAAGUCUGAAUAGAAAUUAGAGCUGUUUUCCUUGGAUUAAGAUUAUAGUCCCAAAGAGGCUACUGUAAGGCAAUCAUGGUGCUCAGAGCAAAGUGUUUCAUGUAUGUUUAAACUGAUAGGAAACUGAGUGCAUAUUUAUAAAAAUUAAAAACACUGGAAGAAAUGAAAAAUUAUCAGAAGUAGCCAGCCUGGCUUCAGAUUUUAAAUAUGCACUAAUUCUGUCUCUGGGUUGUAUUAUGAAGCUUUUAUGUGAAACAUGUUUUUGUAAUGAAAACCACAUUGGAGAUGUUUAAUAAUCAUAUUCUGUUGCUGGUACCAAGACUACUGGGGGAGAAGUCUUUGUAUGUUAGGGAAGUACUUGUGGCAUUUUAUAAUGUAGACAGAGGAACUAUGAGACUCGGCACCUCUCCUGGAUGUGCUGAUUUUGGGUAACUGCUCAUAUGAUGCACAUGUGCUGAUUACUGCCUCUUUCAGUAAACACUGUCGAAAACGCAUGCGCCCUAUUCCUAGUACCUACCCUGAUCCCCUACUGACUCCCUUAAUUGGCACCCAUUUGCUUUUAAAAUCCACUUUAUCUUGAAUCAUGUAAGACAAAUGUAUUCUAAUAUAAAUUUUUAUUUAAUUUGUGGUACCUGUGGUCAGAAGGCUCAUGUGUUUGUGAAGCACGAAAUAAACUAUUUUUAAAGCUA